GGCGGGCGCCCCAUGCGCGCUCCUUUCGCCUAGGCACUCGCCGCCGCUCUCCGGGGCUGAGACGUCCGCCUUAUCGCCUCCCGCGCGGUGACCUAGGCGAGAACGCAGCUGGUCUUGCCUGACGCCGGUCGACGCCGCCGAGUGGAAACAAAAUGUCAGUCAGUGUGCAUGAGAACCGCAAGUCCAGGGCCAGCAGUGGCUCCAUUAACAUCUACCUGUUUCACAAGUCUUCCUAUGCCGACAGUGUCCUCACACACUUGAACCUUUUACGCCAGCAGCGCCUCUUCACGGAUGUCCUUCUCCAUGCUGGGAACAGGACCUUCCCCUGUCACCGGGCAGUGUUGGCUGCAUGUAGCCGCUACUUUGAAGCCAUGUUCAGCGGCGGCCUGAAAGAGAGCCAGGACAGUGAGGUCAACUUCGACAACUCCAUCCACCCUGAAGUUCUGGAGCUGCUGCUCGACUAUGCGUACUCCUCCCGGGUCAUUAUCAAUGAAGAAAACGCAGAAUCGCUUCUGGAAGCUGGCGACAUGCUGGAGUUUCAGGACAUCCGGGAUGCGUGUGCGGAGUUCCUGGAAAAGAAUCUGCAUCCCACCAACUGCCUGGGCAUGCUGCUGCUCUCUGACGCGCACCAGUGCACGAAGCUGUACGAGCUAUCCUGGAGAAUGUGUCUCAGCAAUUUCCAGACCAUCAGGAAGAACGAAGAUUUCCUCCAGCUGCCCCAGGACAUGGUAGUGCAACUCUUGUCCAGUGAAGAGCUGGAGACAGAAGAUGAAAGGCUUGUGUACGAGUCUGCAAUUAACUGGAUCAGCUACGACCUGAAGAAGCGCUAUUGCUACCUCCCAGAGCUGUUGCAGACAGUGAGGCUGGCUCUCCUGCCAGCCAUUUAUCUCAUGGAGAACGUGGCCAUGGAGGAACUCAUUACCAAGCAGAGAAAGAGCAAGGAGAUCGUGGAAGAGGCCAUCAGGUGCAAACUAAAAAUCCUGCAGAAUGACGGCGUGGUAACCAGCCUUUGUGCCCGGCCUCGGAAGACUGGCCAUGCUCUCUUCCUCUUGGGUGGGCAGACCUUCAUGUGCGACAAGCUGUAUCUGGUAGACCAGAAGGCCAAAGAGAUCAUUCCCAAGGCUGACAUCCCCAGCCCAAGAAAAGAGUUCAGUGCAUGUGCAAUUGGCUGCAAAGUGUACAUUACCGGGGGGCGGGGGUCUGAAAACGGAGUCUCAAAAGAUGUCUGGGUUUAUGAUACCCUGCAUGAAGAGUGGUCCAAAGCUGCCCCCAUGCUGGUGGCCAGGUUCGGCCACGGCUCUGCUGAACUAAAGCACUGCCUGUAUGUGGUUGGGGGGCACACAGCUGCAACGGGCUGUCUCCCAGCCUCCCCCUCAGUCUCCCUAAAGCAAGUAGAACACUAUGACCCCACGACCAACAAAUGGACCAUGGUGGCCCCCCUCAGAGAAGGCGUUAGCAAUGCAGCCGUGGUGAGCGCCAAGCUCAAGCUGUUUGCUUUCGGAGGUACCAGCGUCAGUCAUGACAAGCUCCCUAAAGUUCAGUGUUAUGAUCAGUGCGAGAACAGGUGGACGGUCCCAGCCACCUGUCCCCAACCCUGGCGUUACACAGCAGCAGCGGUGCUGGGGAACCAGAUUUUUAUUAUGGGGGGAGACACGGAGUUCUCCGCCUGCUCUGCUUACAAAUUCAACAGUGAGACUUACCAGUGGACCAAGGUGGGAGAUGUGACAGCCAAGCGCAUGAGCUGUCACGCUGUGGCAUCCGGAAACAAGCUCUAUGUGGUGGGCGGGUACUUCGGCAUUCAGCGCUGCAAAACUUUGGACUGUUACGACCCGACAUUAGACGUGUGGAACAGCAUCACCACAGUCCCAUACUCGCUGAUUCCUACCGCAUUUGUCAGCACCUGGAAGCAUCUGCCUUCUUAGACAGCAGUACCUCUUCGAGAAGGGGAGCGUGAGCUCGCUCCAUCACUUGGUGAGACAAAAUGAGCUUUCUACUUUGGAGAGGUCGAAUUUAAUGAAGAGAGA